AUGACACAGAGGGUCUCAUUUCUGUCCAGCCAGCGUCGUCGCCGUGACCUGAGCACGGCCUUUCUCCUCCUCUCGCUUGUUCUUGUUUCGUCUCUCCACGCGGCGUUGGCCUAUCGCUUCUCCGCGGGGCUCCGAGCGGACAAGCUGCGGGGGAUGAUGCGCGGAUGGGCGCGAGGCGGAAGCUCGACCGGCCAGCCGCAGCAGCAGCAGCAGAGCGGCGGAAUCAGUGGAAGCGGUAUGGGCAGCGGCGGAAUGGGUGGCGGCGGAAUGGGUGGCGGCGGAAUGAGCGGCGGCGGCAUGGGCGGCGGCGGAAUGGGUGGCGGCGGAAUGGGUGGCGGCGGAAUGGGCGGAAGCGGCAUGGGUGGCGGCGGAAUGAGUGGCGGUGGAAUGGGUGCCGGUGGAAUGGUUGGCGGUGGAAUGGGCGGAGGCGGAAUGGGCGGCGGCGGAAUGGGCGGCGGCGGAAUGGGCGGCGGUGGAAUGGGCGGCGGCGGCACUGGUGGCGGCGGAAUGGGCGGCGGCGGAAUGGGUGGCGGCGGAAUGGGCGGCGGCGGAAUGGGCGGCGGCGGAAUGGGCGGUGGUGAAAUGGGCGGCGGCGGCAUUGGUGGCGGCGGAAUGGGCGGCGGCGGAAUGGGUGGCGGCGGAAUGGGCGGCGUCGGAAUGGGCGGCGGCGGAAUGGGCGGUGGCGGAAUGGGCGGCGGCGGAAUGGGUGGCGGCGGAAUGGGUGGCGGCGGAAUGGGCGGCGUCGGAAUGGGCGGCGGCGGAAUGGGCGGUGGCGGAAUGGGAGGGGGCAUGGGAGGACCUGGUUCCUCUGCUCCAGGUUCGCAAUCAGCCAUGGGUCCUGGGGGAAACAUGGGUGGCGGCGGAAUGGGCGGCGGCGGAAUGGGUGGCGGCGGAAUGAGCGGCGGCGGAAUGGACGGCGGCAGCAUGGGUGGCGGUGGGAUGGGCGGAGGCGGAAUGGGCGGCGGCGGAAUGGGCGGCGGCGGAAUGGGCGGUGGCGGAAUGGGUGGCGGCGGAAUGGGCGGCGGCGAAAUGGGCGGAGGCGGAAUGGGCGGAGGCGGAAUGGGCGGAGGCGGAAUGGGCAGUGGCAGAAUGAGCGGCGGCAGAAUGGGUGGCGGCGGAAUGGGCGGCGGCGGAAUGGGUGGCGGCGGAAUGGGCGGAGGCGGAAUGGGCGGCGGCGGAAUGGGCGGCGGCGGAAUGGGCGGUGGCGGAAUGGGCGGUGGCGGAAUGGGUGGCGGCGGAAUGGGCGGCGGCGGAAUGGGCGGCGGCAUGGGCGGACCUGGGUCGUCUGCUCCCGGAUCACAAGCAGCCAUGGGUCAUGGGGGAAACAUGGGCGGCGGCGGCAUGGGUGGCGGCGGAAUGGGCGGAGGCGGAAUGGGCGGUGGCGGAAUGGGAGGCGGCGGAAUGGGCGGCGGAGGCAUGGGCGGCGGAGGAAUGGGCGGGUCAGGGUGGUUUGCUCCAGGGUCGCAGGCAGCACCCGGCCAGGGUGGACCUGGGAUGGGCGGAGGGAUGGGGGGAGGGAUGGGCGGAGGGAUGGGUGGAGGGAUGGGGGGAGGGAUGGGGGGAGGGAUGGGGGGAGCUGGGGGCAACAUGGGAGGCGGGAUGGCUUGGGUGCAGCAGCACGCUCACUGGUGCACGGGCACUGAUGCAUCAGUGUAG